AUGUCAUCAGUGUGUUGUGACCAGACGAACUCAGUUGCAGAAACGUUUACUCACCGGCACGCCUACGAACCCUCGCAAUGGAGUCGAGACAACGAUUCUCUUAUAUUGUCUCGAUUGAUUGAUUUCUUUCUUUCUUUUUCUCUUUCUUUCUUUCGUUCUUUCUUUUCAAUUUCUUUCUUUCUUUUCUCUUUCUUUCCUUCUUUUUCUCUUUCUUUAUUUCUUUUCUCUUUCUUUCUUUCUUUACUUCUUUCUUUCACUUUUCUCUUUCUUUCUGUCAUUCUUUUUUUCUUUCAUUCCUUCUUUUCUCUUUUUUCUCUUUCUUUAUUUUUCUCUUUCUUUCUUUCUUUUUCUCUUUCUUUAUUUCAUUCUUUUUCUCUUUCUUUCUUUUUCUCUUUCUUCUUUCUUUUUCUCUUUCUUUCUUUUCUUUUUCUCUUUCUUUCUUUUUCUCUUUUUUCUUUCUUUUUCUCUUUCUUUCUUUUCUUUUUCUCUUUCUUUCUUUUUCUCUUUCUUUCUUUUUCUUUCUUUUUCUCUUUCUUUCAUUAUUUUUCGCUUUCUUUCAUUUUUCUCUAUCUUUCUUUCAUUCUUUAUUUUCUCUUUCUUUCUCUCUCUCUCUCUCUCAUUCUUUCUUCCUUCCCAUUACAAAGUUUCCGGGAAUGA